AUGCAGAAAGGCAGCCAAAUAUGCGCUCAGCUACUCCGGGGAGCCCCCGGAUGUGCCCCCUUCACGCGAGAGAGCGAGCCGCGGCCGGAGGAGCGCAUCGAUCCGGUGGUGGACGACAUUCUGUUGGGAGACUUGUUCGGAAACGCACCAUGGGAGGAAGAGGAGCAACGGGAGAGGCGUGAGUGUAUGCGAUAUUUGAUCAACUCGUUAUGCGGGAUGUUGGGAAUUUAUAUCGUGAUCAGCACGUGCAACAGUUGUGUGGGUGGUUGAUGUGGAAUUCAGCCCUCUGCCCGGGUGGUACUUCCUGGAGCAUGCCCAUAUCCCACGAUGCCCCUGCUUGCAGACUGGCUGCUGCGCCACUCGGUGGUCAUGUGCUUGCUACUGCACAGUUUGGUUUUAAUGACCUUCUGCUUCCAUCACGCUGCCACCACUUGUUCCAAGAGGUGCUACUGCUCGGAGAGUGAGGGCGGCGGCAAGACGGUGCGCUGCAGCAAUCUGCAGCUGACGGAGAUCCCCCAGGACCUCCCCAACGACACGCAACAUGUCUACCUGGACUUCAACCUCUUCACCACAGUACCGGCAAAUGCGUUUGCCGGCUUAACCCAACUGGUUGAACUGGACCUAUCUCACAAUGAUUUGAGCCAGCUAGAAGCUGGCGCAUUCAGAGGCCUUGGUCCCUCGUUACAGUUCCUGGAUCUGUCUUCUAACAAACUGGUUCAUUUUAACCCCGAUGCUUUUGAGGGCCUGCGAGCCCGCGCCAAUCUAACAAACAAUCCAUGGCGUUGUGACUGCAAUUUGCAGAUGGCUUUGCCCCGAGUGGACCUGGACCCAGCAUCACUGAAAGGUAUUGUGUGCCAGACCUCUGAUCCUGAGAAUAUAGGUGUUCAAGGACUUGCCUUUCUAUUGGAACAAGACAUAGACCUAUGUGUGGUGAUGAAGAGGACUACAGAUGUGGCCAUGCUGGUUGUUAUGUUUGGGUGGUUCACCAUGGUCAUCUCCUACCUAGUCUACUAUGUCAGGGCUAAUCAGGAGGAUGCCCGCAGGCACCUGGAGUACCUCAAGUCAUUGCCCAGCAGGCAGGGCAAGUCCGAGGAGUCUUCCACCAUUAGUACUGUGGUAUAGGACUACGUGAAGUAACCUAAAUGGAAGGUCACAAUGAACAGGAUUGGGGUAUAACUUGUACCAACAGUCAUAGUCACUCUGAGUUUUGUCCAGCUGUUACAGAGCCAAGUUGGGAAAUAAAACGUGCCUGCAAAAUAAAUUUGCUAUUGCAACCUAGCCAAGAUGAAUAAUUCAUCUUUCAGCAGACCAUUAGGACUUUUUUUUUUGUUGGCCGAGUUGAUGGCCUUGUCCGUGUGCACAGGGAGUAAAAGCAAUGGCAUGUUUUUUUGGGGAACUCCAAAAACAGGAUACAAAUGGGAUUUAUUCAGUGGUGCAUGCACAUUUGAUGUGCUUUCCUCACUGUUCAGGAAGAAGCGUCCAACAGUAACAUGAACAGCGGGAUCAGGCAACACAAGAACGACAAACUCCAUGUACAAGUAGUUUCCAUUGCAGUCCUUAUGGUAUAAACACAUGUGAUACAAUUAAAAUCAUGUUUUUCAUUUACAUUCUUGUUUUGGGGGUUUUCUUAUUAUUAACUCACAGAUAAAAUUACCAAUACAGUCAGAAUUGCUAUUCAAACUCAUCUGAUGCAUCAGUUUUUCUGUGAUUUUGGAGGAAAAAAAGACAUAUAUAUCUGUAUACACACACACGUUUUUCUUUGUUGUUUGUUUUUCAAUGUCGGGUACCAACUUGAACACAGCCAAUACCCAAUACCUUAUUCAUCUUUGAUGCAAUCAACAGCACAAACCACAAAUGGAAUAGAAUUUUAUAUAUACUAUAUAAGUGAACAUUGUUAUUA